GGAGGCAGUAAAAUUCCGCUUGCCGGUGUCGAAUGAUCGGAAGCGGAUGAUCGACCUAUUGAUGUCACAUCUGGAACAGCACGGGCCGAUGAGGGACCUGCUAGGGAGAGAGCUCCAGAUCGGGAGAAGACCGGCAGACCUCAGCGGAGACCUCAGCGGCAGAGCAACCAGAGGAAGAGCAGAGGCAGGGGGCCCUGCAAAAUAUGAUGGAAUUGGUGACAGACAGCCUGGCAAAAAUGCAGAGACUUAUGCAGAUGCAACAACAGCAAUUCCUGCAGCAGCAGCAGAGCCAAUUCGAACGAUUACUCCUCAUUUUAACGAACAGAAGAGAAGAGGCAGGUUAGACGGCGGGCGGCAAUCACCUAAGGCCCGUAGCAACAUCGGAACUCCAAAGUGGAGGACGGUCCACGCAGAUUUCCACACCGUCGGUAAGCGACGGCGCGGUGGCGGGUCAAACGCCUUUAGAACUGCCGCAAUCGCAAAUUUUGGUUUCCUCAUUGGCGUCCCGGAUCCCGGAGUUUGGCGGAUCGAAAGAAGAAAACGCUCGAGUGUGGACGCAGCGAGUGAAUUGCGUUGCCGCAAUACACGGACGGAGUGACACUACUUGCUGCAACAGCGAGGUUGAUGGGAGCGGCUAAAAAAUGGUAUGACUCCCAGUAUGGAUCAAUUCUGCAAACCUGGAGAACGGUGAGAGAAGAACUAUUAAAAAUAUUUAGUCGAGAAAUUCCUUUUCAUAAAAUCAUGAGUAAAAUCGAGAAUCGUAAAUGGAAUUUAACUAAGGAGUCGUUUGAUCAAUAUGCUCUCGACAAACUGGCUUUAAUGCAUAGGGCGGAAUUAUCGAUUAAAAGUAAGAUCCAACUGCUGAUCAGCGGAAUAACCGUGAGCGCGUUAAGGGCUACUGCCUUAUCAUUGUCGGCAGAAACAAUAGAUGAUUUUUUAACGAAAAUGAGACGGAUUGCGAAUAGUGUAGCCGAGACGGAGAGGAGAGCGCCGAUCGGGUCUAACAUAACGCGCGCAAGAGAAGUAAAGUGUCGUAAUUGCAACAGAAAGGGGCAUGCACAUAAGGACUGUCGAAUUGAGCCGACGUGCUUUUUCUACAAGGCGAAAGGUCACCGACAGUUUGAGUGUCCGGUCCUGAAGCGACGAGAAGGAGCCGUUGUUCCAGUGAGAGCACCAGCCUAUGAGGGAGGACGUCGAGCGGCAGGAGACGAUGCCCCACGACACCCCGUAGCCGUGGUACAGGAGCAGGAGAUGGUGCAGGAGCAGGAACAAGAGCUGCGAGUCAGCGAGCUCUUUGUCCCAAUAUCAACUAUCAUGGGGUGCGUUCAAAUAUCUCACCUGUCAAGUGCAGGUAAGGUGGACCGGGAGUAGGCGGGGCUAUUGUCGGGUGAUUUCGGUAGACUGAAGAAUAUGAACGCACUUGGGGGCCAUGAAGGCGCCAGAAAGAAAAAGUACAACGACAAACAUUAACUUUGUUCAAGAUGGAUCAUCGAGCAAUUGUAGCAUUAGCUGUUACUAUUAGUAAUAACUUUUUACAAAAGAUAAUGGAAAGUGACAGUGACAGUAGUAAUAGUGACGUGUCUGAUGGAGAGUUAGAUAUGCAAAUACAUUUGCAAUUGCGAGGACCUCAACACAAACCUACAAGAAUUGGAGGUUAUGUGGAACGUACAAUCCCGCAACUUAAUCGCGAACAGUUCAGGAAACAUUUUCGCAUAACUCUUACAACAUACAAUCAGCUCGAACAGAAAUUGGUACCAGCUUUACAAGAAGAUGUCGGGAUAAAACGUCAUAUACCAGUUAGAAAACAAUUGCUUGCAACCCUUUGGUUGUUGGCUACACCAGAUUCUUACAGAUCUGUAGGAGAAAGGUUCGACAUGAGCAAAAGUUCAUUGAAUGUCAGUUUUAUGAGGGUUAUACAAGCCUUGAAUAAUAUUGCUGAGGAUAUUGUACAAUGACCAAGAGAGGAAAGAUUAGCAACAGUGAAACAGAAAUUUCAGAGGUUGUCAGUGCUACCUGACAUAAUUGGAGCUAUAGAUGGUACUCACAUUUCCAUAAAAAAGCCAUAUAAAGACUGUCUGUCCUAUAAGACAUACAAGAAAAAUUACGCUGUUAUACUUCAGGCUGUAUAUGAUUCUGAGAUGGCAUUUUUGGAUUGUUUUGCUGGUUAUCCAGAAUCUGUUGGUGACAUAAGAGUGUUCAGAAAUACUGAUCUAUGGUCAGAAGUGCAGACAAAUAGACUGUUGUAUUUUCCUAAUGAAGAAUAUAUUAUUGGUGACAAGGCUUACCCUAUAUUACGUUGGUGUAUUUCUGGUUUUCGUGAUCAUGGCAAUCUUACUGCGGCUCAAAAGAGAUUUAAUGACGUGUUGUCUAAAGUUAGGCAAGUCAUUGAACGAGCAUUUAUGUUAUUGAAAGGACGAUUUCGAAGACUGAAAUAUCUUGAUAUGAAUAGAAUAGACAUAAUCCCUUUUGUGAUAAUUGUUGUACAGUUGUACAGUUCUUGUACAGUUCUUGUACAGUUCUUCACAAUAUUUGCCUUGAAAGACUUGAUGAUGACAUAAAAGAACAUAUCCUAGAAGGCCAGGAAAAUGAAGUCCAUGCUGUUCAAAAUGUAUUACAGACAGAUGAAGAUGAUGCUGGUGUGGCAAAAAGAAAUUAUUUAGUAACUCUUGUGUGAUAAUAACAUAAUACUGACUACGUAUGUUUAAUAUGUUUAGUAAAUAAUCAUAUAAAGUUUCCUGC